ACACCGCACGCGCUCAGAUCCGGCCCGUUUGGAAUCACGCACACCCUAGAGAGAGAAAGGCACAACCAGGAAGCGUGUGCAAAUUUAUUUAAAUGAAAUAUUCUGACUUUAAUUCUUCCGAAGACUGAGACCGUCGACAAAUCUCCUUGGAAGCUUCAAAGUCCUCUCCGUUCCCCUUCUCCUUCCUCCUGUAGUUCGCGUAGAAGGAAUUCCGUUUCUACCAGAGACACGGCGAGAAGAUUUCUUCCUCAAAAUAACCGAUGGAUGAUAAGCAAAACGUCAAGGAAGAGCAAUGUGUUGCAUCGAUACUAGAGAAUCAUGAGACCACAUGUUGGGGCUGCGGGUUACACCUUCUUCUUGAAACAUAUUCACCUAUAUUCAAGUGUGGAUGGUGUGGAGCAAUAACCCACCGAAACAAAGCUCUGAGAAAACCAGACAGUGCAUGCUUUUCUCAUUGGAGGCUUGUCCGAGACCGGUUCUUUGUCACUAUUCUUCUCUUCUUCAUGUUAUUUGUGAUAUGUGCUGGUGUUUGGGCGGUAUACCCAGUUGUUUUCUCAGUCAGCUAUUUCUGUGGGAUUUUUCACUCCACAUUAACUGCAAUUUUGUCUAUCAGUACCAUAUCUAGCUUCUGCCUGGCAGCCUUUCGAUCUGCUGGAGCACCAACAAACAUUCUCUGGGGUAGUUAUCCAAUUGUGGCAAAAGGUGACCUAGAAAACUACACUUUUUGCAUGUACUGUGCAAAGCCAAAGCCCCCAAGAGCACAUCACUGCCGUUCCUGUAGAACGUGUGUGUUGGACAUGGACCAUCAUUGCCCAUUUAUAGGCAAUUGUGUUGGAGCAGCAAACCACCGGUUUUUCAUUGCAUUCCUUAUGUCUGUAAUCAUUAGUUGUACUUAUGUCGUCCUGAUGAUGUUGUAUGCUGGAUUUCAUACAUGGCCUCCUUUGGAGUUGAGAACUCUUGGCUCAACUGGCUUCCACAUUGUGAGUGGUACAAGGUUGGCAAAGGAGAUUGUUGCAGCCCUAGCUAGCUCAGCAUUGCUCUUAUCAGCAAGAGGCCUUGUUCAUAUUUAUUUGGCAUUUGCAUGCCUGACUGUUGAGAUUGGUUUAAGUGUGCUAUUGUGUCAGCAGCUGUAUUAUAUCUAUGAAGGUAACACCUACAUCAACCACAUAAAUUCACGGAAUGGUUGGCAUGGAGAAAAGGGGUUCCAAAACCUUUUGCGUUUCUUUGGUUGCCCGUAUUUAUUUUUCAAGGUAUUACCUGGCCUUGCAAAUGCUGGAAAGUUGCAGGACACAUCAGGAUCCAAGCUCUUGUAGAGAUAUGAUACUUAGAUAUACUUGCCUCAAAUAAUAUGGACUUUCAGAAUUUGCAUUGUGAGAUACUCUGCUUACCAAGAUGUCAAACGCUAGGAGCAGCCUCUUAUGCUGUUCGGUAGGCUAAUGAGGUAGCAGGUACUUCGAUUGAAGUUGAGGACAUUCUUGUAUAGACAAAAUUAAUGGAUUGGCAGCUAGCUGGAUUUUUUUUUUCUUUUUUCUGUUUAUAUCUAAUUUUGUGAUCCACUAGGCUUUAUUAUUACUGUAGUAGCUGGCUUCAUCAGUGCAAGGUCCUCUGUUGUUAAAUUAAAUACUUCAAAUGCAAGAACUCCAUUUUCUGCUUUUAUUAGAUUCUUGUUGUACAAAGAAGACCUCGACAUUGGUUACAUGUAGGGCUGUUCCAUGGUUAACUAUCAUAGACCUGUGAACUAAUUUGUUAAGAGGCAACUACAUGAUACAUAUAUAUGAAGUUGUGGAUGCUUUCAUGGUGAAAAGAAUAAUCAGAGUGAUGAAAUGGUAAGCAGAUCGUUUGCAACGAAAAAGAUGAAAAUGUGGUUGGAGUCUGAUGGAGACAAGGAGGCUGUUUCCAGAUCCCUCAUUUUCAAUAAUUCAGUAUCUUUUCAUCUCUAAGCUGCAAAUAUGUGUAGUAUGCCUACAAGAGUUCCUUUUAUACCGCAUCCGUUAAUUUAAUUUUGUGCAACCAUCAGAACUGGCCAUUGUUUUUAAGGUGAUAAACAUCAUUCGGGUCAUACACCGAUAUCCAGAGCCUGUGUUGCGGAUAUUGUGUGCAGAAAACAAUAUUUUUCUUUGUUCUCCUAAAAUUUAAUAAUCCUUGUAAAGUUUGCCAAACUUUGUGAGCGCGUGUGUGUGAUGCGUUGUUUUAAUAAGAUCUCCAUAAUAAUAUGGUUUUCUUGUAUCUGCGCA